AUGUCAGUAAUAUUAUCAUCAGAGAUUCGGCAACCAGGCACGCAAAUGUACGCCACCCUGCAGCAAGCAGACAAAAGCUCUACCGGGAAACGAAUAGGACGCCAUCAGCUGGAACCACCAACGACGGUCUCGAGGUAUGUAUCUCCUCGACUCCAUGUUACCGACAAAAUCACAGGUCUAAUCUUUCUUAUCGACACAGGCGCAGACAUCUCUCUUACCAACAGCAGGGAACAGAGGAGCAGUCUUACCGACACCACUUGUCCUAUACGCAGUCAACGGCUCGCAAGUCAAAACCUACGGACAAAAGCUACUUACGUUAGAUCUGGGAGUAGACCAAUCCCUUGGCAUUUCACUAUAGCCGACGUCUCUCGCCCUGUCAUAGAAGCAGAUCUACUAAAACAUUACGGUCUGAUAGUAGACAUUCAAGGCGAAUGCCUUAUUGACAAUAUUACGCGGUUAAAUAUUCCAGGUUUUAAACGACGAAUCAGCUAUGUCGUCGCCAACAUCUUGGAUUCCACAUCAGCAUAUCAUCACAUUUUGGCAAGUUAUCCAGGAAUCACCACGGAACCACGGUUACCCAUCAAGAGGUCACACGGAAUCGUCCACCACAUCCAGACGAGAGAACCUCCUAUAGCCAGCCGACCACGACGAUUGCCUCCGGAUAAAUUGAAAACCGCGAAAGCAGAGUUUGCACAUCUAAUGCAACUAGGGGUCUGUCGACCAUCAAAUAACCCAUAG